AUGUCGGAGCCUGCCCACCAGCAUAUGACCUACAAUGACAUCCAUAACCUCAUCCGCGCUGCCGCGCAGAAAAUAUCUGACUUCCAGCCCGACAUGCUCAUUGCCAUUGGCGGAGGGCGAGUUGUGUGUCCUAGCGGAUUCUUCCCCGCGCGUGUGCUGCGCACCUUUCUCAAAAACAAUGUGACCAAGAGAAACAUUCCCAUCCACGCCAUUGGCCUAUCACUCUACGAAUCCCUCCCCGGAACAACUGCUGAGCAGAUUGGAAAUGAAGUUGUGCGGACGCAAUGGCUAGGUCCAGAAUCCGGAAAGUUUCUACUUGGCAGAAGAGCUCUAAUUGUGGAUGAAGUUGACGAUUCGCGCAAGACCCUCCACUAUGCGGUGGCCGAAUUACAGAAGGACGUAGAACGAGAACUUGAGGCCCUUCCCGAGGCUGAGCGGGGGACCAACAGAACACAGUUUGCAGUGUUCGUUGUCCACAACAAGCUCAAGCCGAAGCUGGGCGAGCUCCCACCACAAAUACCAUACUACGUCGGCGCUGAGGUCGAGGACGUAUGGCUGGAUUAUCCGUGGGAAGCAGUCGAUAUCGAAGAGCACGACCGCCUCGCACUUGCAGAACGGGAGCGGUAG